UUGUGUCGCUACAUUAAAUUUCUCCACGGCUUGUUGGGUUGUGUCGACAUCCAGCUCCUCGUCUUCUUCUCUGGUCUCUCUAUUUCCUAUUUCUCAAGCUCCCUUUUCCAGGAGAGCUCUGCUCCACAAGCCUCUCACGACAAGCAAGAAGAAACAAGGAGCCAUCUUGAGACCAAAUGGCUGGCUUUGGGCGUUCCAACUCUCUGAGCAUCAAUACGGGUGGUGGCCUUUUCGGCAACAACACAGCUCAAGGUCAACAACAACCACAACAAGCGCAAUCCGGCUCACUGUUCGGCAACUUGAAUAAGCCCGCGAGCGCGACCCCCUCUACUGGGGGUCUGUUUGGCGGCGCCUCAGGCGCAAACACACAGACCCAGGCACAGAGUGCCACUCCAUCAGGCGGUUUAUUUGGUGGUGCGCAGUCAAAGCCCUCGCUAUUCGGCUCGUCAACCCAACAGACAACAACAACAGCAACACCAUCUUUGUUCGGAAACAACACCUCCACCCAGCAGAACCAAACAUCCACUCCCUCGUUGUUCGGCUCGACGCAGCAGCAGGCGCAACCACAAAAUAGCUUGUUUGGAGGAAUGAACACCCAGAACAGGUCCAACACUUUGGGCGGCUCUACGCUGGGAAGCACUCAAAUGGGAGCGAGCGCACAGCCAGUCCAGUUAACAUUGGACUCGAUACGAGGAACCACGCGCUUCAACGACCUGCAUCCAGAGCUGCAAACUCUGAUCCAGCAAUUCGACGAGGGCAUACAGCGGAAAGUCAACUACUGCAAUCAAAUCCGCGAGUCGCUCCCGGGUAACGAGCGUGAGAUUGCGACCAUUGCGCCCGAUGUCGCAUACAUUGAGACUUUCCUGUCCACAGUCGAGGUAGGACUAGACAACGACUCGGCGAAUAUUGCGCAUCUAAAGAGCCUGGUGAAAAAAGACGCCGAGGACGCAACCCUCAGCUUCCGCGCAAUCGAAAACCAGCGAUUACCGGCGCAAUUCCAUUACCGCAACAACGCGAACCUCACAGCUUCGAGCGCAAAGGCACCAACUACGGGCGCUCUCGACGACGAUGAUUCGACAAAGCCUGUGGACCUGAUGGGCUACUUCGAUCGCCGAACAGACGAGCUCGGCCGCACACUCGAUGUGUACCAGCGACAAAUCCGCGAGAUCGAAGCACAUCUGCGCACAAUGGAAGCCGGUACAGUGGAAAAGGCGCAGCAACUGACGGGUAGCCGUAGCGCGCCCCGUGAUCAGCGACGCGAGUUGGUCGAAGCUCUCAAGGCCAUCGAGGGCGCUAUCUUGGACUCUGCAAAGAAGGUGGGACACGUCAGAGAUGAAGUGACCAAGCAGACACUCGGUAGCGUUGGCGCGACUCUGCUCUAAAGACAAGAGUCCAGUUUUUGUAGGGAUGCGGCAGUGGGGGGGGGAGGGGGGGUUCUGGCUUCCAUGCAAUGCUUUUCCCGUGUAUAUCAUACACUUAUUCAUGGACAUGUAUAAUUUACCACGAGCCGGUCAUGUUUGAAAUCUAGCACGUGUAGUUGUCUGGGCAUUUCCCAGAAAAUACAUAGAUACCCAAAGGAACGCGCAUGUCAU